AUGAAUGCCAAUGCCCCCUACGUGAAGAAGGGAUACAACAAACAGAUAUUCGCUGCCCUAGUUGAGUCUUUUAGCCGUCUCUUCCUUUGUGACGAGGAAAUUGUUAUAUGCGAUCUAUUACUCCAUACAGAAAGAUCCUUAUGUGAUAAGGAUAUUGAAUUGGCAAUCGGUAUUCCCGACAAAAAGGUCAGGGAAAUUUGCACUAAGAUGUACAAGCAAAGAUAUUUGGCCAAAGAUACAGCUAGUGGUGUACCAAUAACUGAACCUUGUGAUACAGUUUACAAACCAAAUGACAAAGUUGCCGGGAUUUCAGUAUCACGAGAAGUAAUCAAUUCCCAAUGCUUCUACCGAUUGAGUAACUACCUAGUGCUAACUGUGUACUACAAAAUGAAAUCAAUUGAAGAAUUGUUGCAGAGACAGAAAGAUCGUCUUAAUGACAUAGACAUUUAUAUCUGUCCAAACUGUAACUCAACAUACGAUGGUCUUGAAGUACAAAUGUGUCAUUUGGACCCAAAAGAUUCUCAAUUUUUGUGUGAUUGCAAAACCAGACUUGUUUUAGAUGAUUUAAAAAAGAAACAAGACAGUUGUGAAUCACAGAUUCGUCGUUUCGAGCAACAGACGAGAGAGCUAAAGAAACAUUUAAGUGCUGCAUGGGGAAUGCAAGUACCAGUAUUUGCCAUAUUCAACCGCAAUAAACCAUCAAAUAUUGGAUCACUUGAGACUCCGCUGCAAAGAAUGCUGUUGAGAGUUCCAAACCCAAUAACAUCGUUGCCAGAACAAAUAAAAGAAAAAACGUCAUCUACAUCUCCUAAAACAACAAUGAUAAAUGAUAUUGAUCAUUGCAAUAAGCAAGAAUUGUCCCAAAGCAUGUCAUCUUCUGCUACAUCGGUUGCCGAUAACAUUACAAUCCCCUUUAUCCCCAAAAGGCCAGCAAGCGAUGUGGGCCAAAGUACCAGUACCAAUAAAAUAAAAUUCCACAUGAAAACAAGCCUCAAUUUGAAUUUCAAAAGGCCAUUAGCACAAGCUAAUACACCAGUUGGCGGUCGUUUGGUUAUAAAGGUGUCUGAUGAUGUGAAAAUGACUAAUGAUAAUCCUAAAGACGUUCCUAAUUUCUUCAUAUCCAAACUCAAUUCUUAUUACACACUACAAGAAGCGGAGAAUCUACAGGACGAAAUGACGAUGGAGGAGUUUCAGCACUUUUCAGACCUUUACGACAGGUACUUGAACAAUAUAUGA